GCUUGACAUGGGCAAGGGCAAGUUUUUGCCAUGUCAUUCUGUUGUAACCCAAAGGAAUAUAAACAUUCAGCCUCUCUCUCUCAUUAUCACUCGUCCGCAGACUGCUGCAAGGCUGGCCAACACAGAUCCAUCUUCCUUCACAACCAUGAGGAUCAAAUUCCCCAUACUUGCCAUUUUCUUGGAGGUGGUCAUUAUAAUUUUAUUUGGAUUAUUUGUAAAAUAUGACACAGUGGACAGGAGACAAGUAUACCCACGUGAGUGUUUUCUAUUUGUUACCUUUGUAUAGUGCCCGUCUCAUCAAGUUCUUGAAGAAGCCUGCUUUGUUGGUUCGUAAACUUGCUUUCUGGUACAGCAAGGUGCUAUUUGCAUUGCUGCACCAUGGUGCACAAGUACAGACUAACGUUGGAGAGCUUCUUGGUUUGUCUCCUGGUGAGCAUGUUGCACACCUUAAAUCAAAUGGCCGUAAAGGUGCUGAAGGCUCUAUCUCACUUCUGCCGCACGUUGCAGACUUCUGUGGUGAUAAUGUGAGACUCCUGUUCCUGCUGCACCCAUCAAAGUUGUCAUUUAAAGUUUUGUUUCUGUUUAGGUCUCACUCCAUCUAACCGCUUUGCAGAAUUUGAGGAUUCAAAGUGUCUUAGGCCUUGUGCAUCUGAAAUCUUCUGGCUUCAGAGACGACACAGAGGAUUCUCAUUUACCAUUUUGAACUCCUAUCUCGUUUUCCUGCCCGCUCUCACACCCCAAGGGCUAAUUGCUAGAUUAAAACAGCCAGGCAAUAUAGGAAUGACUAUCUUCUAACCCUUUGGCUUGAGUACUUUUCCUCCUGAAACUACGGAGUCACUGGGUUUGGGGGCUUUAACUGAUGCUGAAAGAAACUUACUGUCCUUUAGCCAGGCAUAGCUUUUGUCAUGUUACUGCAGUUCAUCAUCUAUUCUGCAGAAGCCUUUAAAUAGGAUUCAGUAGAUAUGCAUUCAAUUGAGUUAAUUUUAAGAAUGGUCUGUCCCAUAAACAAUAAAACCAGGAUUAAUUUGCUAAAGUGUCUGUUUAUUUAAGGUGGCAUAAAAUAAGUGUUAUUACAAAGGUACCAAGUACUCAUGUAGCGCUCAGCCAUUUCACAAGUUAUAAUAUGUAAACUUGUUUAAUUAAUUAAUUACAAUUAAUCAAUUCCUCAGCUCUGUUUGAAAAGUUUUGGAGACCACAUACCCUUACGUAAGGUCACAAACAGCCGUGGAAGGAUCAGGUCCCCCACUCCCAUUCUCAAAAAGAAAAUACCGUAUUUUUCACUCUAUAAGACGCACCAGACCACAAGACGCACCUAGUUUUUGGAGGAGGAAAACAAGAAAAAAAAUAUUCUGAAUCUCAGAAGCCAGAACAGCAAGAGGGAUCGCUGUGCAGUGAAAGCAGCCAUCCAUCUUGCUGUUCUGGCUUCUGGGAUAGCUGCGCAGCCUGCAUUCGCUCCAUAAGACGCACACACAUUUCCCCUUACUUUUUAGGAAGGAAAAAGUGAGUCUUAUAGAGCAAAAAAUACAGUAGGUGGAAUUUUAAACAUAUCAACGCAACUGUUAUUUUAAAAAAUAUAUCUGUUAAUUCUUUUUAUAAAAUAUAUUGCAAUAUAUUCCCAGAAAUAUGCACCUUGUUACACUCCUGAGUUUGGGAAUUUAUUUUCCAUAUUUGAGAAUAUUCUACCCAUGUGCCUGUUGCUUGUCGAGGACCCCAUAGCCACCCUCAGAUAAAGACACAAUUCACACAGAAUUUUUGUUAAAGGUUUUGGGCAUAAUUUUUGGCCGCAACUUUAUUGAUUACAGCAUGUGAGUGGUUGCUUAGGCAUUGGUUUGCGACUAUCUGUUCCAGCCUAGAGGUAGGAACAAAACUGACAUCCGCAAGCCUGCGAAAGUCAGUAAGGGAAAACAUUUUGGGGAGAGCAUAGAGCCGGGCGCCAGGCUCUCACCUCUCCCCAAAUGCUCCCAGGGGCUCUUGCGUGGCCCUAGCCCCUUGGACGAGAACAUGGUGAGCACCUGGAUUCCUUUAAUGGAAUAUCCUUGCAGCAGCAGCAUUGGAGGGGCAGGCACAGCCAACCAUACCCCCUCCACCAAUGCCUAACCUCAACCUUACAAGUUGUGAUGAUUUGCUACGCAGUAGGCAAAAACCAAAUGGCACCAGCCCAUCAGCCAAAUGGCAAAAUUCCUACCAGGCCCCUGCCCCAAAAGCAGAUGACCCCAUGACAGGCAUAGCAAGGUCAAUGCGAACAGCCCUAAAUAUAGGGAGGGUGGGCAGGUGAUCCAAUGUGCGCAGCGAAAAGAGGAAGCUCAACGCUGAGUGCAGGGAAUAAAUAGCCCCUCAUCAGUCAAUCAUAAAAUUGCUACACCAAAUUCUCUCCAACGACUGAGGGGUUCCCAAUCAGAAUCGUAGCCCUCUAUACUAACCCGCCUAGCAACAGAGGGAUGUCUUGGUUGCCCCCACCGCAACACGUGCUCUCCAGGAAGGAGAACCCGCUUUCUCAGAAAUGAUUGACUGCACUUGUUUUAAAAAUAUGCUCUGUGGGAAAAGAGAGGGUUCUUCAUGGUGGGUAACUGGGAAUAAGUUGCCAUUAUUAGCUUUCAAUUUAUGCAACCCAUCAUAGGCCCAACACAUUGUCUUCCUUUUCCUUCCAGUCUUUCAGGAUGUUCAUGUGAUGAUAUUUGUUGGGUUUGGUUUCCUGAUGACUUUCCUGAAGAAAUAUGGCUUCAGCAGUGUUGGCAUAAACUUCCUCGUUGCAGCCUUGGGUCUCCAGUGGGGCAUCCUGCUGCAAGGAUUCUGGCAUAUGCACUCAAAUGAAAUCCACAUCAACAUUGGCAGGUAAGGGGGGCAUCCUGAGAAGCCCCUGUCACUUAACAGACACCACUGUCACUGGAAAGCCCACAGGAAUUCAUAAAAGAGUCCCGUGGCUCCUUAAAGGCUGAAAAUAGGAUUGUGCUGUAAGCUUUUGCAAACUCGAAAACUAAAGCUCACUUCAUCCGAUUAGGUGUCCAUGCUUAAACCAAUGCUGUCUCCCACAUCAACUUGCCCAAACGUUAAGAUCUGCUGUAGAAGCCUGUCCCUGUCCCAUCAGAGGCAAGGCAUGCGGGGGGAAAGGAGAAGGUGAGCCCCCCCAAAAAACCACUGUUGCUGCUUACUCUUAUCUUUGGGGCAUGAAGUGAAACUGAAGAAUAAAAAAUGCAAAAACAAAAACAUUCUCCCAUUCUCCUGUUUGUUUAAUAUCCCUCUGAUAUUGUAUAGGACAUUCUGGUAUUUUAACUAUUUUUGUUGCCUUGCUGUUGUCUUUGCUGUUUUGUAGUUAUUUUCUUUUUAAUAAAUUUCACUUAUGUGCAUUAUCAAAGGCAGUACAGCAAUACCCUAAAUAAAUAAACGUGCCAAAAUAAAACACGAGUUUAUGCAUCUGAUGAAGAGGGUUCUACAUGAAUAAACUUUGUGUUGGAAUACAUUUGUUAGGCUUUGAGGCACCACAAGACUCUUGGGAUUCUUUCCUAUCCAUGCCCCUCCCUGACAGAAGGCUCUUGGGAAGUGGCUGGAAAACCCUCUGCCCAGUUUCAUGGCCCUCUGAAAACAAGGAGAUGGGUCAGUCCAACACUUCUGGGAGGUGAUUCUGAGCUAUGCAGCCUCUUUUCCAUGCUUCUGGGAACUGCCAGAAUGGUGGCCGAAUGCACAAUCUGGCCAAUGAGCCAAACAUGCAUCCAGGAAUUGGUGAUCUAAAAUCAGGCUUCCCUUGGAUUUGAAGGCUGAAUGUAAUGUUGGUUUCUAGAAAGUAGUCAUGCUGGGUGUUAUAUUGGGGUGGAUGAGUUGAAUAAUGUUUAUAUUCCCUUCUUUUCUUUUCCCUUCAUUUCCUCUGGAUUUUUAACAUUUAGUUUGGACAAAAAAAUAAAAUAAAAUCAGGCUCACCCAUGCAUCCUCUUUUUGAAGUUUCAAUGCGACUUCCAAAGCCAUCUUUACCCAUCUGGUACUAGAACUGAAUUUUAUGCAGAAAUAAAAUCAAGCAAAAAUUGAUUUCAAUAGAACUGCUUAGUUACUAUCAUUUCCCCAUAGUGCUGGAGAAACCCAGCCAGAUGGGCGGAGUGGUAUUAUUAUUAUUAUUAUUAUUAUUAUUAUUAUUAUCAUCAUUAUCACAACCACCCUCCCAAUAGCAUUGUCAAGUAUAUUGUAAAAGUCAUGAAGUCAAUAAAUAAGACUUUUACACUUAUAUGAAAGUGUAAAAUGAAGCAAAUACAGUUAAAAUGAGUUUCACUUGGAGCAUAUAUUUUAACACAAUUCAUAGAGCCUCUCCAGGUUAUUGCAGUUUUCAUGCAAAACUACACAGCUCAUAGUCAGCUGCUGCAAUGAAUAAAUGUAUCUUCCCUCAAGGUGGUGCUCUUGCAAAUGAGUUCUUUGCAUCUUUGCUCAGCGCAUUUUCCCAGUGUCAAAAUGCAGAGGGUUAUCGUUUAACGAAAUACAAUUUGCCGCCAGCAGCUCCACUGCUAUAAAUGUCAUAGGCACCUAUUAGAGACAGGUCUGCCUGUGACAUUGCUACUGGCAAGUGGCAAAACCUCAUCUCUCAUGCGCACACCGUUUCCAGCACUUUCCUGCUGCAAUGUUGUGAUGUGCAUUUCCCAUGAAUGCAAAAAGCUGGAUGCAUUUCCGCUCCCCACUUUUUACCUGAGACAAAGGAAACAGAAGACAAACUCAGCCGGGCAUUCUCCUGGUCUUUUUCCUGCCAUGGUCCCAGAAAGGAAUUUGUAAGAGGAUUGAACCAAAGGGGAAAUGUGAGGUUAAAGUACAUUUUUGUAGGGUUGUCUGGGUAAGGCCUCGGAGUCUCAAUUCAAUGAUCAAUUCAAUAAACAUCAGGUUAUUUUUUCAAAUUAAUUCAAUUUAUUCCUUCAAAUGGUUCGGGUCCAAACUAGACGUUCUAAGGCAUACACUCACCCUUGUCUUUUCUCCCUCUCCUCUCCUUCUUACACAGAAUAGGAAGGGACAAUGGUUCUUCCUGACAUUAGCAGCCAACAUUGUGAGCUGCAAGUGCAAGGAGAUGCCCUAACAAUGAUGUCUGGUUGUGCUGUUUUAUAAAGAAGAAAAAGAUGGACAAGAAACACUGAGUGGGGGCAGACUUAUGUGGUACAGUGGUGCCUCGCAAGACGAAAUUAAUCCGUUCCGCGAGUCUCUUCGUCUUGCGGUUUUUUCGUCUUGCGAAGCACGGCUAUUAGCGGCUUAGCGGCUAUUAACAGCUUAGCGGCUUUAAGAAAAGGAAACAAACUCGCAAGAACUCGCAAGACGUUUCGUCUUGCGAAGCAAGCCCAUAGGGAAAUUCGUCUUGCGGAACGACUCAAAAAACGGAAAACUCUUUCGUCUUGCGCGUUUUCGUCUUGCGAGGCAUUCGUCUUGCGAGGUACCACUGUACUUUUAAUAUCUGGGUUGGCCCUCAGGAUUUUGACACCAUAUAUUGUUCCUAGUGCUGUUGUUGUUUUAGAGUUUACCUGGAGGCCAUUUUUUAUUUUUUUGAAGCACUAGGAGCUGUUGGGCCCUGCUCCGGAAUCUGCUCCUGAUGCAGACUGGGCGCACAUUGUGCACUAGAAGACCAUGACUGCUUGUUCUUCAAACAAAAAAUGGCCUUAAACUUAAGAGCACUAACCACGAAGGGUGUAACUGGUAGCUGAGAUCUUUCAUACAGUCCCAGUACAGCUUUCAAAGCCACAUCUGCUUAGGCAUAGGAUAGCAUCAUCAUGCCACUUCAUCCUGGUCUCUGAACCCUCAUACAUCUAUGACAUCAUACCUGACUUUGGUUUUUAUUCUCCCUGUUCCCUUCCCAUUGAAAGCAUGAUCAAUGCAGACUUCAGCACAGCAGCUGUCCUGAUUUCCUUUGGAGCUGUCCUGGGGAGAACAAGUCCAAUCCAGAUGCUGAUCAUGGCCAUUUUUGAAAUCACCAUCUUUGCCUGCAACGAACACCUCGUCGUGUCAGUAUUACAGGUAGGAAUUUUCUGUGACAUAUAUGAUGCGAGAAAAGUUGUUCACUUACCAUAUUUUUCGCUCCAUAAGACACACUUUUUCCCUCCUAAAAAGUAAGGGGAAAUGUGUGUGUGUCUUAUGGAGCGAAUGCAGGCAGGUGGCUCUGCUCAGCGCUCCCUUUAAAGAGCCGCGUGGAGCGUGUGUGCGACUCUUGCUGGCUUUUCCCCAAGGAGGGAGAAGGGACUGACGGGCUGCCCUCUGUCCCUUCCCACACCUCCCAGAAAAGCCAGCAAGAGCCGCUGCCAGGCUCUGCUCAGGGCUCCCUUGUAAGGGCUCCCUUUCGUCCCUCAUCCCGCUUUGCUGGGAAGCCAGCAGAAGAAGAGGCGCUGCGCAGCUAUCGCUCUUGCUCUGCCUGCUUCUCAGUGAAGCAGGAGGAGGGGCGGAAGGGUUUAAAGCAAGAAAAGCGAGAGCCGCUUACAUGCUCUGCGCAGAAUAUUUUUGUUCUUGCUUUCCCCCUCUAAAAACUAGCUGCGUCUUAUGGUUGAGUGCGUCUUAUGGAGCGAAAAAUACUGUAUAUUCUGCCCAUACUUUAUAGUGGAAACAUAUCCUAUCUCUGUUUAGUUUGAUGUGCCUCAAGGCUUUGUGCUUACACUUGUUCUGUUUCAUCUUCGCUGAAGCUUAAUUCAUCCAGUAGUGUCUAGUAGGGUGGGGUGACUCCAGGGUCAGGAAGGCAGUUCCACCCCAACACAUCAGCUGCCCCUGAAUUCAAGAAGAACAGCAACAUUUGACUGUCAUUUAAUGAUCACUCCUUCAGGGACCUUGCAUUGAUGCUGCCAUGCCAAAAGAUCCCCUGCAAUCUGUCCUUUAAAGAGAGAGAGAGAAUAUAAUGAAUAAUGAAUGUUUAAAAUGAUUUGAAAUAGUGUUGCAUGGAAAACCCCUCUGGAAGGCAGUCCUGAGAGCUGACAUUCUUGCCACGCUCACUUUUACAUUUUGAUCCUGUCCACUUUCACAUGGCUGAAAUCACACCAUGCAGGCAAAAGCACAGCCCUGCACCUUGCAUGUGCCAAUGUUGACCUGGCUUGCUGGGGCUGGCAAAACACACUUCCUCUUUAGAAAGAAAAUGGUGCAUUUUCCUCACCCAUCUCUAUCUGCCCAUCAGUUUCUAACUCCAAAAGCCUGAUAUAGUAAUAGUAAUAAACCUAACAGCUGUUUCUCCUCCAGCUUUAGGAGAGAGGAGUAGAGGGAUGCACCUGAACAAGCCAAUCCACCUCCCCAACUCAACCCUCCUCUUCUACGUAGUCACCAGACAUUGUCUACGGACAAGGAGGGAGGGAGGGAGCCUUGCAUACUUGUGCACUGGCACCAGAAACUUGAAAUGAAAAGGAUUCGUUUGGAAGACUCCCACGUAUUCACAGUCAUAAUUAUCUGAAGUUUUCACCCUCUUAUGAUGGCAGUUGUUGCUUGGCUUUAAGACAGCAGUUCAGCAUACUACAUGGUUAGGAUUAACAAUUAAUUGUUACAACUAAUUAUGCUGUUUUGCAGGCCACUGAUACUGGUGCAUCCAUGACUAUUCAUGCUUUUGGAGCCUAUUUUGGGCUGGCAGUAGCUCGGGUCAUAUACCGCCCUGCUUUGAAAAAUGGACAUAAAAAUGAAGGUUCUGUUUACAAUUCCGACAUGUUUGCUAUGAUUGGUGAGUAGGAGGCUUCUUUCUGUUAUGACUCAAUUUUCAUGAUACUGUGGAGAAGAAACAUAUCAUACCAUGAGGGUGGCCAACAAAAGCUCUUUUCAAAAGCUAUUUAUCAUAUGAUGCCUUGCCUGGCAUUACUGCAUGGUCAAGGGUUCUGAACCAGUUAUGCCAGGAGACUCAGGUAAUUGGGUCUGUAUGAAAGAACCACGAGGGCCUGAUGCCACAGACAUUAGGGGCUUUUAAUUCCAGCUUUUGGAUUGAUAGAAACAGUUGUCUCACUUCUCCAAGGGAUGUGGAAUUGUGAAAUGUUUCUAAGGUAUACAGCUGUACUAAGCCACCAAGUGAUCUGGAUGAAGUCCUAAGUGCUGCCCUGACACAAUUUGCCAGGCAUGAUGGAACACCAGUAUUGGUGUACCAGUGCAAUGAUAGUUCAGGUGGUCACAUUGGACCAAGCGUAUGAUAAUUGGAGGGAAGAAAAGUAUAGGAAGGUUCCAUUCCCAGAAUCACUGGUUAAGAGGAUCAGGCAAUAGAGGAUGGGGAAGAUCUCUCCCUGAGACUUUUGGGAGUCAUCAGAGUUUUCUUUUCUUUUCUUUUUUUAAAAUGUUUUUUAUUUAAGAUUUUCUUGAUUUACAGAGGUAUGUGCAAUGUUUCUCUCUCUCAUAACUUUUUUUUUUUUUUACAAAUCGGUUUCAUUUGUUGAGACAUUAGGAAGAAUAGGGGGGAAGAGGUGGAGGGGAAAAAAGAUGAGUGGGGUUGGGGUUGGGUGGUGAUGUUUCUAUUUUACUUAAUAUAUGUGGGGUUUUGUGUCAGCACUGCUUGUGCAAGUUCUCUGCUGUUCACUUGUGUUCCUUUGGUGGUGAGAGAGGUUGGGGUUGGCCUAGGGUGUGGCUGUUCAUUUGUGGUUGGCUGUGGUGGUCUUUGUUUUCAUGUGUGAGUAGGGUGGGUGGGUGUUUUGGAUCAGGCUAGCCAUAUUGAUUUGUAUGCUGUUGGUGGAUUUUUGUCGUUGUCUUGUUGGGCUGUGUAUGUGAUAAAGGGGAGCCAUACUGGGAGUCAUCAGAGUUGAGAAUACAGGGAGCUAUCUGGGUCUGACCAGCUUCCAAUGUCCUUCAAAGAAGACCAGAGGAGAUUAAUUAAUGACAUCCUGCAUUUUUUUGUUAUAUUAUUUAUAUAGGUACCCUUUUCCUCUGGCUGUUUUGGCCCAGUUUUAACUCAGCAAUUGCAGCAACAGCAGAUGCCCAGCAAAGAGCGAUCAUCAACACAUACUUUGCUUUGGCAGCUGGCACACUCACAGCAUUUGCCACCUCUAUCCUGGUGGAAGGCAGAGGCAAACUUGACAUGGUAAGCUUUGUCUUGAGCACGAUGCAUAUCCAUCACAGUUAACAACCACUCAUUUAUGUCGGGGUUUCUCAUUUCUCUACUCUCUAAAUUCAGUUCAUCACAUUCCCACAUCUGUUUACAAUUCAAGAAAGUCAUCACAAAAAUUCAUCAGCAUUUGGAUUCUCUUAAUACACAGAUUUUUGUAUGCAAUUUUGCUUAUUAUGCACAAUUCUUUACAAGCUAAUAUGAUGGUUUUUAACACUUUCCCCCAAUAUAUGCAUUUUGCACAUAUGUUUUUCGUUGGAGGACUGCAUCACAAAAUUUGGAGAACCAAAUUUCUUCCUUAUCACUAGUAUGGAUUCAGUUGGGUUUCUCAGAAUGUCAGUAUACAGUUGUUGCCUCAGAGCCACCCAAAUCAGGGAUUGUUUUGUUUUGGCUAGAAUGAAUUUUUAUAGACUUCAUAAAGGUUUAUGUCUUCUGGGGCUGUUCCUAUCUGACACACUUUGCAGAACAUGUUGGCAAUCGCCUUUUUAAAAACAUACCAGAUUUUUACAAGAUAGGACAAAUCCAGAUUAAAUGGGGCAGGGAGACGAUACAGACUGGGAUUUUGCUGUCAAUGCCAUCAUGUGGACACUUUGAAAAACCUGUGUCCACAAGGAGCACUCAUCCUACAAUAAACAUCCAUCAGGAAGACCCUUUGUUGAAAAGGUAAUUAAUUUUAUGUAGGGAUUGCAAAAUGUGUCCAUUUUGCUUUCUUUCCAUUUCUCAUUUUUACACUCUUAAAUUCAGUUCUCCGCAUUUCCACAUCACUUUGUAAUAUAUAUUUUUUAGUCCUCAUGAAAAUUCACCAGCAUUUUAAUGCAAUUUUCUCCCAAUAUACACAUUUUUGUUUGCAAUUUUGUCUUAUUACUCAUUUUGCAAAGCAAUUUCCUCUAAUGUGAUGCAUUUCCUAUGCCAUUUUCACUAAUGUAUUCAUUUGUAUGCACAUAUUUGUGUAUUUCUGUACACAUCACUUGAAUAAAGAACUGUAGUUCAAAAUUCAGAGAAGUGCAAACUUUCCGAAGGAUGGCUGUUUCUAGUCACGUAUUUUCUUACAAAUGCAAACUGGAUCUAAUUUCUCCUCCACCUCUAGUUUUAAGUCACCAGCUACAGUGAAAAGACCAAUUUGUGGGGCUAGUGGUAUGGGUGAGGGAAAGAGGAUAACUCUGUGAACUACUUCCAGCCAGAAUGCAAUUCUGGUUAGCCUGCUGGUCACAUAUAAUUUCUGCACUACAGGCAACUCCCCACUUACACAAAGGUUGCGGUCUGGGCCCCUGCACUCUUAAGUGAAAUGUGCCCCUGGUCAUGUGAGGAUGCCAAGUCCGGCUUUAGCGCAAUUCUUUUUGCAACUGCUUUUCAAAACCAUCUUUGCAAAUUCCUUUGCAACUAUCAUGCACUACUAGUCAAUUACAGGAAAGGCAAAUGGUCUCUUGGUUUUAUUGGUGUGAUAUAACGUGUCAAUAUGUUGUGCCCCACACAGGUGCACAUUCAAAAUGCUACCUUGGCAGGAGGAGUUGCUGUGGGUUCCUGUGCUGACUUGAACAUCUUACCUUUCGGUGCAAUGUUAAUUGGCAGCACAGCUGGAUUCAUCUCAGUUGCUGGAUUCAAAUACUUGACGGUGAGUGCUACUUCGUUCUUUUUAGAUUUGUCCUACCUUUGAUAAGGUAGGGACGCGGGUGGCGCUGUGGGUAAAACCUCAGCGCCUAGGACUUGCCGAUCGUAUGGUUGGCGCUUCGAAUCCCCGCGGCAGGGUGAGCUCCCGUCUUUCGGUCCCAGCUCCUGCCCACCUAGCAGUUCGAAAGCACACUUAAGUGCAAGUAGAUAAAUAGGUACCGCUUACCUAGCGGGAAGGUAAACGCCGUUUCCGUGUGCUGCGCUGGUGCUGGCUUGCCAGAGCAGUUUCGUCACGCUGGCCACAUGACCUGGAAGUGUCUCCGGACAGCGCUGGCCCCCGGCCUCUUAAGUGAGAUGGGCGCACAACCCUAGAGUCGGACACGACUGGCCCGUACGGGCAGGGGUACCUUUACCUUUGAUAAGAGAAUUUGCACACUGCACUGAGUGGGCCGAAAUCCAAGCUGUGCUUGUUAGUUUACUUAACAGUUAUUGCCGUGGCUCAAGUUGCCAGGAUUCUGCCCCUUUCUGAGUGUGUUUUCAAAGCCAAUCAAAGGGAGUAAUGGGAAAUUUCAAUAUAAUCCUGACUUAUUCUGGUAUCUAGAUAAAUUUCCCUUGGUACAUCAGGGCCUGCCGCAAUUAAAGAUUAUGGUUGCUGUUGAGUCAAUGUCCCAUUCCAUUGCCCUUGAGCAGGCCGGCUUCUCUGCUGAGCAUCACACCAUUCAGCACCUGGCGGCAAUGGGAGUUCAUGCCUCUGUCUGGUGCCCUUACACAAUUUGAGCUCUCUCACAUUCUUUUGAAUGGCUGAAGACACUUUUUGUCAGACUGAUUUCCACAUUUGGAGCAGGAAAGAAAAAAGUUCCCCCGGUCAUACUGGGAAUUUGCCUUAUUGCCAACAUAGAGGUGUUCAACUGUUUUUUCUUACCAUAUGGGGAGACUUGUCCCGUCGGGUGGCAAGGAAAAUUGUGUUGGCUUCUGAGUCAGUAGUCUUACUAAAGCCAGAAACAGCUUCCCAUUCCACCAUUACUCCUCCCUUGCAUGGUCACAGCCUCAAAUUCAGUUGUCCAAAGAUGUUACUAUGUUGUAUCCUAUCUAGGGAAAUAUUUUUGAGAUUAUUAAUAAAUCACAGAAUGGGAAGGGACCUCAAGAGUCAUCUAGUCUGACCCCCUGCAAUGCAGGAAUCUCAGCUAAAGCAUCCAUGACAGACGGCCAUCCAACCUCUGCUUAUAAACCUCCAAGGAAAGGGAGUCCACAGCCUCCCGAGGGAGACCUUUCCAAAAUGUAGAUUAUACUGCAGGAUAAAAUGGUGUCAUUUUAUGUUGUGCAAAGUUGCUCUUCGAUCAUGUAAGACAACCUGUGAAAAUAAGGAAGAACAACAUCCUUUCUAGAUACCCUGUUUUACAGUGACUUGGAAAUAACCUUUUGUUUCCUUACAGCCUUUCUUUGCCUCAAAGCUGAAGAUUCAAGACACCUGUGGAGUCCAUAACCUGCAUGGCAUACCUGGCCUUUUGGGAGGCAUUGCAAGUAUCAUUGCAGCUGCUUUACAAGUCGAGAACAAGUGAGUUGCAUAGAAUCAGGUCGUAUCUGCUAGUAAAAUAACAUGCUUUAAUUGGUUGCAAACUAAGUUUUGACAGGUGACAAAAAUGGCCAGACUAAGAAUGUAUGAAAUGUUGCUUUUAGAUUGCCUUCUUGGGAUGCAGCCACUUUGCAGUAGGAGCAGUGUUAGAGCACAGAUCUAAUCUAGAGCACAGAUUCGAAUCAUAGAAUUGUAGAGUCGGAAGGGAACCCCAGGGUCAUCUAGUCCAACCCCCUGCAAUGCAGGAAUCUCAACAGACCACAAGGCCAACAUAGUAUAGAAGAACAGAAUGUUUCAGUUCCACUUUCUCUCAUUUUCUCAUUUUCCCCCAAUCUUAAGAUCUGCUCUCUACAUUCCACGUCACUUUUCAAUUUACUUGUUUUAAAGUCCUUAUGAAAAUUGCCCAGAACUUUAUAAUGUGUUUUUCUCUCUUUGUAUAUUCUUGCAAGCAAUUUUCUCUUACAUACUGUAUUUCAUGUUAUUUUCACCAGUAUAUGAAUUCUUAUGUGCACUUUCUCCUAAUAUAUUAUUUGGCUGGAGAACUUUGAAAUGUAAAUUUAACAUUGAGCCUCCUCCUUCCAGUCCUGAAGGCAGGGGCAUUGGAGAAGUCAAGAGGACGACACUGGCAGCUAGGGGACCACUGAAUAUUGGACUGUCACAUUAUUUUUUAAAAAAGCUACAUGUGUUUUAUGUCCCAAAGAACACACCUAACAAAUUCCACUCAUCAUGGGUGAAGGUGAUGCAAUAUGUAUUUUAUCUCCCCAUCCUACAGUUUAUCGACUGGUAUGCAGGCUGCUGCUCUGGGAUGCUCCAUUGCGAUUGCUUUGGUAGGAGGAGCUUUUACAGGUCAGUAAAAUACAGACCCUUAUCGGCGCCGUCUCAGGCUGCUUUCAGACUGGUGUUUGUUGUGGGACGGGUGCACCCCCUUUAUCUGUUUAACAGCAUUAAUAUGUCGAUCGGUUGUAAUUAAACCUCUAAGCAGUUUGCAAGAAGUGUUGAAACGAUUAAUAAAAACAGUUUAAGACCACUAAAAAUAUUUAAGGAGAAAGAAGAAUAAAAGUAAAAAACGCUAAAACAUGUCUGCUUCUAUGUGUCUGGAUAGGCUUGAAAGAUGUUUGAAACAGGUGCUGAAAGAGUGCGUGGAAAACCCAAGGUUUGGGGGUUUUUUUGAAAAACAACAACAAACAUAUUUACAAUAUUAAACCACAAUCUGGAAACCUCCUCACAAGUGUGUCUGUUUUACUGUGUAGAACCUAGUGUGAAAUAUAAUUGCACUAGCAAGAAAACAGAAGACCCCUCAACAUUCUAUUGCUUCAAGUUGAAUUAAAAUACACAAAGCUAAUGUUAAGCCUAAAUUUUACUUUGGGGGGCACAAAUCGAUGAGAUAAUCGACUAAUGAGGUUUCUGUGGCAUUUCUCCAAUAUUCCGUCUUACUAUUGUUAUAGAAAAUCUGUUAUGGGAUGUUUUUAACUACGGCUGUGUUUUCCCCCCCUCCCCAAUGCAGGGUUGAUUCUACAUUUGCCUUUCUGGGAGCAACCACCUGAUCAGAACUGCUAUGAUGACUCCGUGUAUUGGGAGGUAGGACAGAAUAAUACAACCGAGUGCAUAAAAAUAGCAUUUUUCUUUCAUGGUAUCAGCACGAUUAGAUAGCCAGUGCCAAUGUCUCUUUCUGGUCCAUCCUUCCAAUUUCUUAAUAAAUGGCUCCACUUUGCAGCGCUCUUUUCCAGAUCACAUUUGCCUAAUUGGGAUUUCCAGGGCAUAGAAGGAUGUGCUGUGAGCUGCGCUGUAGUUUCUUCAACCCAGAGUUUUAGAAAUAUCACAGGAUAGUUCCCCCCACCUUUUAUUGUUAGACUUUAUUGUGCAGGGAUUGUUUGAUUUUCAAUUAGUUUUUAUUAAAGUAUUUUUAAAAAACAGAUAAAGGGGAAGAUCUCCACUGUUGUCUCCACUUUCAAUUUCUAGACUAGCUGAACUUUAGUGUGAAGCCCGGUGUUCUGCUUUUGAGAGCCAUUACUGCAUUCCUAAGUUAACCAUGGGGAAACUUUUCGUGUUACAAUUAUAACAGUAUUUUCCAUUACCCUGUUCUCUAUUAACCUCCCAUAGAGCUCCUUUGUAUCCUUUCUCUGGACUCCAUAGUGUAGGCACCAGCCCAUCUGAACCCCAUAGCUCACCCACCCUCUGCUUUGCCCUUGUUUUCCCACCCCACAGGUCUCUCUGAAUUCCCUUUCCUCCCUCGGCACCUUAGAGAGCAUAGCAGUCUCUCUGCACCCCAGCCAUCGCCUUAAACCUCUUCAUCUUUCUGACCUCACAGUUCUCUCUGCAACCAGUUCUCAGUCAUUUUCCUUUUCCUCUUCAGCCUUUCCCUCUCAGAGCUAAAAUGCACAUCACUAGUAAAUGCAUGGUCACAUUUAACAUAUGGGUGUUUUUUGUUUUGUUUUUAAAACAGCAGCAAAUGGCAGAUUCAGAACAGCAGAAUGUUCAUCACUGUGAAGCUGUGAUUUUUUAAGCAAUAUUUUUAAAUUGGUUUCACUCCCGUUUUUAAUGGACUUGGACAGGCAACUGAUGUUCUUUCCACAAAUGUGCAAGUUAACUGGUAUCUCUUGCUGCAGAUUCAGUAAAAAGACAUGUGUCCAUAGACAGGUGGAAAAGGACCACAUCUUUUGAAUUUCUCAAGGGAGGCUUAAAACGUUAGGCAGAAGACUGCCUUUGACCCACUUUUAAAGGAAGAACUCUUCUGCAUGUUACCUUGUACAGCAGGAAACUGACAGAAAUGGCAAAUCGCGUUUUUUAAAAAUGGGAUUAUACCUGUACAAGGAGUUUGAAGAAUGCAGCUAAAUCCCUCUGCAAGUUGUUUGCUGACUUUGAAUUGGGUUUGUCUUUUGAAGUGAACUCACUGUUGGAAACUAGCAGAAGUCUGGAGGCAGUGGAUUAAAAUCCCAGCUCUGGAACUUUCUGAAUAGAUCAACCAUCUAUCAUUGCUGCAACCAUCCAGUUUACAGUCUCCAGCACUAGCUAACCUGCAUAAAAACAUAACAGUCUGAUCUUGUUUAUCACAAUGGUUUAAGGGAUUACAAAAAAGAUAUUGAACUCGCUUUAGAUUUUGGUAUGUGUGGUGUAACUUCCUUUGGCUACCAACUAAAUUCUGUCUACUCAAACAUCUUGUCUGGUUUCCUUCUAGGUUCCCCUUGAAGAGCCAUCAUACGAGAGCAGUUUUCAUUUACCCAGAGAGCCACAGCAAGCUCAGCACUGAAGCACAGAAGGAACUAUACAUAUUUAGCUAUUUUCCCAAAGGUGUUUUCUGUUUCUGGUGAAAUAACUGGACCAUGCAUUGUUUUUUUCAGUUUAUAUCUGCUUUAAUUUACUGCAAAAAUAAAACCAGAGCAAAAUGUUUUUCUGGACUAGUAUUAAUAUUAUGCACAUUCACGCAUUACAGCACUACCCACUCAACGCUUGUGUUUCUAAUGUAUUCAGAACCUGGCAGCAAAAUAAUUUGAGAGAAAGCUUACUGAUAAAAUAAAUACGCAAAGUGACAAGUGACUUCACACCCAAGCUGCAAUCUACUGGAGUUGAUCAGACAGACCCUAAAAUGAAACCAGAUGCUAUAAUUUAGUGCCUCUUUUCAUAGAUACUGCAUUUAACUCAACUCUUUCCACCAUAACAAAGGUAAAGGUAAAGGGAUCCCUGACCAUUAGGUCCAGUUGCGGACGACACUGGGGUUGCGGCGCUCAACUUGCUUUAUU